AUGGCGGAAAUGGGCAUUGAAACGACAGAGGAUCCUCUCCCCUGUCCAGCAUUCACCAACAGAUCCCCAGAAAACACCCUCGAAGACGAACAUUGGAAACACCGUCCUCCCUACCAGAAUCAGACUGUGCAAGAAUUUGGACCGGCCAAAUGGCGUGGCAAAUGUCUCUGCGGGCUAAACACCUACAUCCUUAAACAAGAAAAACCUCUCAACGCCAAAUAUUGUCAUUGCCGUGGAUGUCAGAUCACCCAUGGUGCACCCUUCCAAUGGGCUUCUAUCUUUCAUAAACAUGAUAUGUUGUUUACCAGUGCUCCGGGUGGACUGGUCUUCUAUUCCUCUACGCAUCAAUCGCAGGAAUAUGGACUACCAACCAAGGUAUCCUGCUCCAAUUGUCGCACGCCUAUUCUGGAUGAAGGCCGGAAUGUCUGUCUCAUCUUCCCCCAAUUGAUUGAACUUGAGGGCUCGAGUGAUGAACAGAGAGAGAAGAGAGAUGUGUUCAAACCAACAUGUCAUAUCUUCUACGAGCACCGCAUGCUAGACAUUCCAGAUGGUCGCCCCAAGUGGAGCGGCAUGGAAAAUACCAGUGACCUCCUCGAUGACCAAGGAAAGCUGAUCAAGAAAGCGAAAUGA